GGCAGCAGAGAGACACCGGGGAGGAGAGAGGAGCGGACCCGUCUGCUGCGGCUCACAGCCCGGAUGAACCGACACCGACACCGCGGCGGAGCAGCCGGCUCUGCGCAGGACGCACGGAGCUGAGACGCAGCACUCUUUAUUCUCUCACAUUUGUACUCUACAUCUGCUCCUCCUCAGCAUGGUGCUGGGUAAAGUCAGGGCCCUGGCCGUGCACUUUGACAGCCUGAACCAGAACAACCUGCCCGCGUUCUCCGGCGGGGACGUGGUGUGCGGCCGCGCCGUGGUGGAGGUCAGCGGGGACGUGCGCGUCCGCAGCCUGGAGGUCACUGCGCGGGUCGCCAAGGUGCGCUGGACCGAGUCGAGGAACGCAGGGGCCAACACGGCGUACACCCAGAACUACACCGAGGAGGUGGAGUACCUGCACCACAGGGACACGCUGAUCGGAGAGGAGAGAGAUGAGGACGCUCCAGAGGAAGGUCUCACUGUUCUGCACGCCGGAUUACACGAGUUUGCCUUCAGCUUCAACCUGCCUCAGAUGGCUCUGGCCACGUCCUUUGAGGGUAAACAUGGCAGCGUGAGGUACUGGGUGAAGGCUGAACUGCACCGUCCAUGGCUGCUGCCGGUCAAAGUGAAGAAAGAGUUCAUUGUGUUCGAGCACAUCGACAUCAACACGCCGCUGCUGCUGGCCCCUCAGGCUGGAACCAAGGAGAAGACGCUGUGCUGCUGGUUCUGCGCUUCAGGCCCGAUCUCCCUCAGCGCCAAGAUAGAACGAAAGGGCUACACACCAGGCGAGUCGAUCCAGAUCUUCGCCGAGGUGGAGAACUGUUCGUCCCGGGUCGUGGUGCCCAAGGCCGCCCUGUACCAGACCCAGACCUUCUUCGCUAAAGGCAAGGGCAAGCAGAUCCAGCAGCUGGUGUCCAACCUGAGGGGGGACCCUCUACCUCAGGGGAAGAGCCAGAGCUGGGAGGGCAAACUGCUGAAGAUCCCCCCGGUGUCGCCCUCCAUCCUGGACUGCCCCAUCAUCAGGGUGGAGUACGCACUCGUGGUGUACGUUGACGUUCCCGGCGGGUUGAACUUGUCCCUCUCGUUGCCGUUGGUGAUCGGGACGAUACCGCUGCACGCCUGCACCACCCGCACCUCCAGCAUCAGCAGCAACUGCAGCACUCUGAGCUGGCUGGGUCUGUCGGAGAGGCCUGAGGCGCCGCCCAGCUACGGUGAUCUGGCGAUAUCAGAGUCUCACAGGCGGGAGUGUCUGCACGGCUGCGAUAGGUCGGACGGGGAGGCCGAGGAGGCGGGCUCUCUGCUCCCUUACAUCACAGAGUUCAGAUAUCUGCCCCCCCCUCUCUACUCUGAGGUGGAUCCGUACCCCGACCCCCUGGAGGUGUGCUCGCCCGCUGACCUCCGGAGACCCGACACGUGUCCGUCCCGCUGAGGAGAGCUCGUGAGCUCGGAGGGCUUCUUCUGCUCAAACACGACUGUGUCACCCCUCACCUUCUCACCAGAUUAUGUAUCAGCAUAAAUACGGCUGUGGACCCUCCCCUACUCCAGGGGGCGGGGGGAGUCAGCUGAGAGAGUAUUCGGUGACCAUUGACCUAUGGACCAGGGACCUCUUUAUCCUGUGCUCAAGAUGAGGCAAAAACAAAAAGAUCCUCGACACCACUGUACGACUCUGACGAGGCCGAAAUCAAAGACUCCGCCUCCACAGGGAAUUUUUGCACAAACCGUAUUUACUGUUUUUUCCUAUCGGUGGUUUUAUAUUCUGCAGAUUGCCGCGGGCCUUUACGUGCAGUAGAUUCUGUCCACACCAUAUUUGUCUCUUAAAAUGUAAAUGGCACAUUUAAGACGAGGACAAUAAGCUAUAAGUCCAGUUAUUAAAUGUUUGAGCUCUGCAGGUGUAGCUGUCACUAAACCAGACUGCAGGUGUAGCUGUCACUAAACC